AGGGAGGAAUAUAUUUCUCCGGAGUACAAAUAUCGAUUGCCUUGUCUGGGGCGUAUUGUGCGCGUUCGGAAACUCAGUUCGCCUUUCAUGAACUCACGUGUCGCCGCGUAACUGUAGACUGUUCAUAUGUCGACGCACAGCCAGUACACGCACUGCAUUUCGCGUUGUACCCAGCAGUCGUGCGUUGUCCUAUGCUUGUGUGUGUUCUGCUAUGGCGGCGUCACAAUUCGCAGAUGACUUAGUCCGGGAUUAUUUGCGCUAUCGUGGUUUUUUUGCAUCCCUUAAAGCAUUUGACUCCGAAGUGAAGGCAGACAAAGACAAAGGUUUCCGACCUGAUCGCGUAGUGGAACACUUGAGCGCCUGCAUAGAAUCCAUGGACUUGGUAGGUCUGCGAGACACCUGGAGCCACUUAGACAGCCACAUUUUUCGACGACUUGAGCAGUCUUUUAUUCCCACCGUGCGGAAGUUGGAGAUGGCCCUGCUGCGCAUGUAUGUUGUUGCAUGUGUCACCAACAGCCGGCAAGACAAGCUUACGGAGUUCUUCGAUAAAAUGGCUCCUGAAUUACAUUUCCAGGCUGAAUGGAAAGAGUGGUUUGCACUCCCAUUUUUGAAGUGUGUGGAAGACAACCCAAAUUUUCAAGUCUACUUCACGCGCCAGUGGCAAGAAAUGAUGAUAAUCUCGUUAAGAAACUUCCUGAGUGUUGUGUAUCAAAGCAUGGCAUUGCCAACACUCCUGAGCUAUGAUGAAGACAUGAACAAGAUGCAGUUCUUGCAAGAAGAAAAUGAAUCUCUAAAGCAACAGCUGGCAGCUGGCAGGCCUGAAGUGUGCGAGACAGCAGAUGUUCUUGUUGCUCCUGAAGAGCCCAUGGAUGAUUUUUAUGUGAUAGCACAGGAGACUCCAGCUGCGGAGGGGGGCAGAAGAAUUUUACCAGCACUUAUGCGGACAUUUGGCAAUAUUCAAACUUCACCUGUGACUGGUCGCAAACUGCAAGCAGACCAAAAGAAACAGACAUCAGAAGAGCAAAACAAAACAAAACGACCCCCAGCCAAUAGCACUUCUGAAAGCCAAACAUUGCCCCAAGACACCUCGACAGCAUCUUCUUUACAACUGAAGGAUGUAACAUUAGGUCGGCUUGCAGAGAAGCUGGAGCGAGCAACUACGUCAACUUUUUUCUUGAAGAGCUCUUCUGGUGAGGAGGACAAGUUGCUCUUGCUCAAUCAAGAGGAGUACAGUGAACACCAGUCAUGCAUCACCCAUUGCAAGUUCAGCAAUUCAGGCACCCUGGCCAGUGCCGACACAGCCGGUGUGAUAAAGGUCUGGAGUUCCAACCCAUCUCCAAGAACGCUGGCCACUAUUGUGUCGUCCAAGUCUAGUGUGACAGCCCUGGAGUGGGUGCACAAGCACGAUCACUUGUUGGUUUAUGGGCUCAAGCAGGGAAACCUGCGGUUGUAUGACAUCAAGGAACGGAGAGCGCUUUUUGAUAUUGUGCCGGAGUCUGCAUCGGUUCUUAAAGAGCACAGUGUUGCUUGCCUAGCGUGCAGUCCAGUAGAGCCAGUCAUGGUGAGUUCACUUCACUCAGAGCCCUCCUUGGCAACAACUACACCAGCUCCGGGGAAGCUGCUUCUGUGGGACUUGAAAAGCAAGCAGCUCCAGGGGCACCUUAAAUGCAGCUCAUCAGUGAAUUGCUGUGUAUUCAGCCACAAUGGCCAACUGCUAUUAUGUGGGACAUCAGGAGGCAACAUAUGUCUUUUUGAUGUGAGAACUCAUGAAUGCAUUACAAAUUGGGUAGCCCAUGAGUCUGAAGUCUUUUCAGUGCAGUUCAGCAGGGAUGAAGCCACAUGCUUCUCAAUAGGAGCUGAGGGCACUCUGAGCCAGUGGAAUGUGUACAAGACAGGCCAGAAAGUAGCUAAUUUUCCUCUCCAUGCUGGCUGUAUGGGACCAUCAGGAUUCCGGCCUGUAGGGAAACUUUUUUCACUUGGUGCCGACAGUGAGCAUAUCUUAACAUGCGCACCCACUUCCGGAAUUGUAUACAAGGAAGAAAAUGGCAGCUUUACUAAUGUCCUUUCUGUCGGCGACCAUAAGAAUCAUGUUGUUACUGUGGAUUGGUCACCAGCUGUGGACUGCAGCACUUGUGCUACUGCAUCAGUUGAUGGCUCCAUUUCCAUUGCAACACUCUUCAGCCAUGUCUGACAGCAAGUACUGUAGCUGCUAAACCUUGAACAAUGCUGCAUAGGAAAUGUCCUGGCAUACAUGGCAGCAACUUGAGUGCUAUGUAAGUUGUUAUGUAAGAUGUGGUGCGACCUUUCACUGACACUGCUGCCGUCCUCUGACUUGACGUGUGCGGUCAGCUACUUAUUCCAGACUUUUACUAAAAAGUGACGUUGUACUCUGCAAUGCUCACUUUGUGAUUCAGUAGGCAAUAUUGCCAAGUGUACAGCAUUGGUGUGCUGUUUACCUGUAUAAACUCUUCUGUAUAAAGAUAGUUUGCUAAAUACUGCGUUAGUGUGCUUUGAUCUAUAACAUGAGCUGCUUCUCUUAUUACCGUAAAAUUCCGCAUGUAAUACGAGGUUGUUUGCCAGGUUUUGGUGUGUCAAAUUGGCGUUUUGUGUGAUAUUCAGGCACAACAUUAUUUGGAACUUCAAAGGAGUACUGACAGAAAUAUUUUGUAUCUUGCUUUUUCUGCUUUAAUAGAUAGCUACUGACUCCAUAACAGUAUGGUGCCAGAAUUUCUUGAAUGUGCAACAACUCAUUAAUAAUAUUGUCUUCUAUUUUGACCAGUUCAAAAUGCUCGCCAAAAUCAGCACAGCUUCGUUGCGUAGGAUGUGCCAACGAAGAACUCUCAAUCAUUUAACAAAAUCUGAGGUAGUGUUCAUGUGGUAUCACAAACCACUCAUCCGCAUGUCAGUCAGCCUAGUGCAGUGGGAACAGCUCCCGUUGUGGUCGCAAGCCACACAAGGGCUGUGUUGCUGAAAGCUGGGUGUGUACUGCACAACCAGUCUUUCAUUCUCUGCAUUCAAUAUGCGGUAAGCUUAGUCCUCUGCUGUCGCUUCUCUCGGAACGCACCACGCCUUUCCCACCUCCUCUUUCUCUAUUGCCUCAUCUCUUGGCAAGAUGAUUAUGGUGCAGUGGUGACCACUGCACUGACUUGUAUGACAUGAUAUCAUGUGACCACAAUCCUGAUUUUAAUAUUUUUGUGAUGUUUUGAGGAUCUCUGGUCAACAGCCUGCUGCUUGCACAUAUUUCUUGCAGUUUUCAAAUUUGUUGCAUGGAAAUACUACAUAAAUUCAUGGCUUGUUAUGCAUUCAAAAAAUUGAGGCCUCACAUAAGCGUUGCAGUGUUGGCAGUCAUCUAAUAAAGCAAAAAAACUAGACAAAAUUUUGUGUCAGUACUCUUUCAAUAGUUUGUGGCCAUACAUGAUCAAAAACAGAGUGAUGGUAUUCAAUAUGAUUGAAGUUCUACCCACUUCACAGCCACCAAAUUUUUUCUUGUAUUCUGUUUAGAUUCAUUGCUAGGUUAAUGUAAAAUGAAUCUAAUCUGUUUUUAUUCCAAAUCUGCCAUGAGUCCUCUAUGAUAGGUCAAAACUGGCUCGGGCCCCACCCAUGUGGGCUAGUCGUAGGUUUAGAACAGAUUGGAAUAGUGUUGUAUUAUCUUGGCCCAUGUUAUGUGCAGGAUUUUAUGGAACAUCUUUUCCAUGUGUUUGCUUAGAUGGGUGUUUAAGCCUCUCCAGUUGCACCAUUUUGUUAAUUUUCUGUUUGCUGGCAAAUCUUUUUGCCGAAGUUCAUUGGCAAAACUAGCAUUUCACUUCCCGUUUACUUAUACAUUUAAUAAUUCAGUCAUUCAUCACAAUAGCCUCCUACAGAAGCAAUGACAGGUGGAAUGGAAGUUUGUUUGUGCCUCCAUGCUCACAUUAUCAACAAGAAUUGCUAAAUGGUGUCAAAAGGGAUUGUAUUAAAUAACGCUUAGUUCAAGUACAAAAAAAUGUUGUUUGCAAGUUAUGUAAUGAAUUCUAACAUAUACAUAGAUAUUCUGGUAGCGUGUUCAUAUUUCACACAGGAAGAAAGUGUAAUAAAGCAUCUAGCUGUGAAAUUUCUAUUUUACCAGAAAUUUUUUUUUUUUAGUUUGAGGACACUUUGUUUAUUGCUGCCAAUUCAGAAAUAGAGAUUUAAUAAAAAAAAAAAUUGAAUGUAAAAGGCUACAUCUUCUGUUAACUGUCAAGUCGAACCUCAGUGGGUUUGGGUAUUGCAAACUGAGAAGCAUGGUGCAUAGCUCACACACUGAUGAUGUGUUUGCAAAACAUUACACCAAUCUGUGCUCCAAAAACAGUUGGAAAGGAAAGGCAGUGCACCUUCUUGCAGUGCACCACUCUUCCUGCCAGUAGAAACCGUGUCACAGAAAGUGCCUGCGUGUCACGUGCAUAGAUUUAACAAACCGUUAUCAAAGGGUCAGAAUCGGGAAAAGUGAAUCGGGCAAGUGUGAAGUUGUGUCUGGAGUGCCGCAGGGGUCUGUUUUAGGUCCGCUAUUGUUUUUAUUGUAUAUUAAUGAUAUUCCUUCUAAUGUUGAUCCGCCUGUAAAAAUUAAACUAUUUGCCGAUGAUUGUUUAAUUUACACGCGUGUAACCUGCGCGGAAGAUCAGAUUAAGCUAAACAGCUGCCUGCAAUCAUUAAACUCGUGGUGCCAAAGUUGGGGCAUGGUAAUUAAUUUUAAAAAAUCUACAUACACUCACGUAAGCAAAAAACAGAAUUUUAUCAGAUAUGAAUAUAAUAUCGGAGAAAAUGCCUUGGUCGAGGUACAGAGUUUCCGAUAUUUGGGGGUGACAGUGACGCAUAAUCUAGACUGGCGUAUUCACAUUGAGAAUAUCUGUUCGAAGGCUUACCAAAAGCUCUGCUUCCUUAGGAGAAAGCUUCCAGAUGCGACUAAAGAAAUUAAAUUGGUCGCCUACAAAACGUUUAUACGACCAGUUCUGGAAUAUGCGAAUGCUGUGUGGAGCCCUCACCAAAAAUGCUUAAAAAAGAAGGUGGAAAGGAUCCAGCGGAUUUCAGCACGCUUUAUAUGCUCCAAGUAUCGCCGUACUGACUCGGUUACAGAGAUGAUACAGCAGUGUGAAUUAGAAACGCUGGAAAUGAGAAGAAUAAAGCAUCGACUCAAACUUUUUUUCCAGAUAAUGCAAGGGGCAUUAAAAAUAAAUAAAGAACAUUAUGUGAAAGCGCCUCUAAAAUGUGGUUCACGAAAAAACCAUAGCAGGGUACUGCAACCUAUUAACACACGUACGGAUGUGUAUCGGUAUUCCUUUUUUCCUGAUGUAAUUGAACGAUGGAACAAACUGCCAAGUGAUGUUGUGGAGAGUAUGAAUGUGCAACAAUUUGAGAUGGGUGUCGAUAUGUUUUUGAGAAAUGGUGUACAAAUUUUGAAUUCUGAUUCAUGAUUGCUCAUUGAAGUGUUUAUGAAAUGUAUAUGUUCUUCUUCCCUCCCUGUAACGACCCUCACUGGAGGGUUAACAGUAUGACCAAAUAAAUAAAUAAAUAAAUAAAUACUGCCUGCAGCUCACAAAUAGCCGCAUAUACAAAAUAUAUACAAAAAUGUACUGCCUGCAGUCACAAAUAGCCAUAGCUCACAAAUAGCAGCAACAACAACUCGAGAAUUCUUGUGAAACACAGAGAACACAAAAGCGCCUCUGGAAAAUGCACCCUGCAGCAAGAAGAGGAGGGAGAUAAAAAAAAAGGCAGCCCUCGCCUCGAAUAUGGGAGA